UUAUAUACGAAACACGUAACACAUGUCAUAUUCUGGUUAAUUUCAUCUUUAUAUUAAACAAAAUAAACAGAUUAAAAAUAAAAAAAAUAAUUUUUUCUCUCUUAGAUACUAAAGGAAACACAAUCUAACGUAGCAAAAAUUUACCUCAACUAAAAAAUAUGUUUGUUUUUAAUUUUAUUUUGGUAAAUAAUUAUUAAAAAAUCAUUAAGCCUUGUAUUUGGUUGUAGGUGCAGCUAUUCUCUGAACUGGACAGUGAUGGCUUAAUGCUUUCUCGCUUGGUUGUCAAUGUUGUGUCUCGCUCCUCCCUUCCACUUUCCAAUUGAAAAAUUCAUAAUCCCAAUCUUUGAAAACCCUAUACCGUUCCCCCAUCUCCGCGGUCUUCAUCGAAACAGCUUGAUUAAAUCAAACCAAAUCGAGAAAUUGCCUAGAAAAUUAUCGCGAGGAUCGCCGGUCUGGAAUCAUUUUUAUUCUGGAAAGUGUUCCAGUGCUGACCAUGUGGUAUGUCACGAACAGGAAUGAUUGACUUCCAUGCUGGGUUUGGAAGGAUUCAAAUCUUGGUGAAUUAAUGUGCACUUACAACUGAUAAUCUCAAUAUCGGUUUAAUCUUCUGUUAUAUUAGAUGGAUCGACGCGAUACUUCAGGAUUUGUUAGUAGGGGAUGCAUUUUACUCUCAUAGGUGUAUCUAACCCUAAUUUUGUAGAUAUGCAACUCUUUUUCAUGUGGAAGUCAGGCAUCUGUUCUGUUGAAAUUUAUCAGUAGGUGUAGGUUUAUUUGUUUCAUGUAUGCAAGGUUCCAGAACUUGAGUUUCACAGUUAAUCCUCCUGCAAAUGCAUUCAAGAUUUUGGGCAACCCAAUGCAGAUUGAAGAAAAUGGAGCUGAUUAUAGCACAGAUACCAUCUUACGGCUUGAUUCCCUUGGUUCUUCAAUCUCAAAGGGAAUAAAGAGAAAAUGGGAAUUGAUUGAUGAAUGUAUGGGUCAGAGAGUUGGCACUUCUUUGUCACUUGGGCUUGGACUUUCAACAAGUUCCUCAGACAGCAAGGGCAGUUCAGCUACUGCUUGCACUGCUAUAUCUUCUGCCAAAGAGAUUGAUGAGGAAUCGUCUAUGGAUAUUGAACUGGACUUUACACUUCAUCUUGGCUGUGAUAAGGUACAGAGCCUGAAAAAACCUGCUAGCUCAAAUUUGAAGAUAUUUGAGUUGCAGCCCAAGGUUGAUUUGGGGUUGAGCCUUUCCUCGGAGCCCUCUGAAUCUGAUAUUACUAGUGUUUGUCUAGGUCCCUCAAAGGCCUCACCUCUUCAAUUUAACAUGGAGAUCCCAUUAGUUUUCAGUGAAAAACCAAACAUAGAAGAGGGAUCAACUUCGUGUAGUUGGAGACCAGGGCUUGUUUCACUUAAUAAAAGUUCUAGUGUAAUGUUAAACCAGGAUGCAAAUAAGUUUCACCGUUAUCCCAUUACUAUGGAUCUCUCAUUGACUAGACCAAAAAGUUCAGUCACCUUUACUUCCAGGGUAACACCGCAAAAACAACCACUACUUCACAACUGUAAUUCAAAGACAUGUCAGGUUGAGGGAUGUGGAAAGGGAGCUAGAGGUGCUUCUGGACAUUGUAUAUCUCAUGGUGGUGGUAGGAGGUGUCAAAAACCCAGCUGCAAUAAAGGAGCUGAAGGUCAGACUGUGUACUGCAAGUCUCAUGGAGGUGGCAGGCGAUGCGAAUAUCUUGGUUGCACUAAGAGUGCAGAACAUGGUGGCAGUCAGAGAUGCAGUCAUGAGGGUUGUAUCCGAGCAGCCAGAGGGAAGUCUGGAUUGUGUAUUCGGCAUGGUGGUGGCAAGAGAUGUCAGAGAGAAAGUUGUACCAAGAGUGCAGAAGGGCUGUCAGGUUUUUGUAUCUCACAUGGUGGAGGGCGUCGAUGUCAAGCUCCUGGAUGCACAAAAGGGGCACAAGGGAGCACUAUGUUCUGCAAAGCACAUGGUGGGGGAAAACGUUGUACAGCACCAGGGUGCACCAAGGGUGCUGAGGGGACUACACCAUUUUGCAAAGGCCAUGGUGGAGGAAAACGCUGUACAUACCAAGGUGGUUGUACUAAAAGUGUUCACGGAGGUACCAAUUUCUGUGUGGCACAUGGGGGUGGAAAGAGGUGCGCCUUACCUGACUGCACAAAGAGUGCUAGGGGACAGACUGAUUAUUGUGUACGUCAUGGAGGAGGCAAGAGAUGCAAGUUUGAAGGAUGUGUAAAGAGUGCACAAGGUAGCACUGACUUUUGCAAGGCACAUGGGGGAGGGAAGAGAUGCUCUUGGGGCCAUCCUGGGUCAGAAUAUAGGAAUCAACAGGGUGCUCCUUGUAAUUCAUUUGCAAGGGGGAAGACAGCUCUUUGUUCCCUUCACAGUGGGCUAGUGCUGGAUAAGAGAGUUCAUGGAGGUGUAUCCUUGGGACCAGUUACUCAGGAAACUUAUGUUAGUAAACCGGAUGAACUGAAGCAGUCAGUCAUUGACAAAGACAUGGACGUGGAUAUGAUGAACAUGAGUAGUAGCCCUCAGACAGCUGGUGCAAUAACCUAUUGUGAUGUUAAAAUAAAUGAAGUUGCAAUUCAUCGCCCAGCUGGGCCAGAUGGUCACAUGCCAAUGUCAGUAGCAGUUCCCGAAGGCAGGGUGCAUGGUGGAAGUCUGAUAGCAAUGCUGGUGGGGAGUUCUAGCCUUGGUUCAGGCAGUGAGAGAAGUCCUGUGAGUGAUCCGUCAGAGCCAAUUAAAGCUUGCACUGUGCCCCAGAGUUGGGUUUGAGGGUAGUUAUUGCUUUUGUAGUCAUGAUCUCCCUUGUCAGAAAUUUUUUUCUGCAGGUUUUCUUCAACGUUUGGUUGUUGAUGAUUAAUGUCAUUGUCUAAUAUCUAUGAAUUGUUAAAACGGAGAGAAUAUGAAGUUGUUUGACAUUCUUAUGGAAGAGGUGUCAUGGUAGGACAACUUCGAUUAGGUAGUUGGUGUUUUUCUCUCUUUCCUCAUUUCUCUCGUAAAUAUCAUCUGAUAAAUCGUCCAACAGCUUGUGACAUCAGUUUGUUACUUGUAGAGUCUGUUAGUGGAACCUUGUAUUCUGUUUGUAAUAAAUCCUUUUUACUGAGUGCGAUCGAAUCUGUUGUUAUAGCGCUUGUUUUAGUCCAUGAUCAUUGGUUACUCUUUGAUAACUGCUUGACAGGCUACCUGGGCUGUGCUUGCUCCCGUUUGACAAUUACAACUGUUUUCAUUAAUGUAAUAAAAUUGUGUUGUUUAUAUCCUUCUAAAGAAGGAUUGUGUUAAUUCUGUCAAACAUCAUCGGUUACUUCUUGUAACUUGGAAACACUGUCCAACCCUUAAUCUUACUAACAGAGUAUAUUUGGACACAAUUGCAUUGCACCUUCAUUUACUUUCGUUCUACAACCCGUUAGGCUUGAACUUGGCCAUCUUGGAAAGCUUAUCAACUGCCUCUACCAAGUGAUCAACUCUGGCCACAAACUCCACGAGUGAGGAAGUGAAGUUGACCAGUGACAAUGCUGCGGUACUCUCUAACGCUCUCAUCCUAUUUCUAGGUAACAACUCUGUGCCUGUCCCACUAUGAUCUUCUUCAAACACAUCCACCUUUAUAGAUGGCCAAGAAUAUAGCCUUCUCAACUGCUUCCUCAUGCUCUCAUGGUAACAUUCUGUUUGUUCUGCCAUCACCCUCUGAUCUGGGAAGGGAUAAAGGGUAGUUGACAGGGUAUGUAGGAGCUUUGCGAGGGACCUGGAAGGGUAAUCGGGGGAUUCAACAGUGGUUGUGAAUAGAUAAGAAUGGAGGUGCAUAGAACGUUGCAGCCUCUCGGUAGAGCUAUGAAGCCUUUUAAUGUGGGAGUUUUUCAUACUCCAUUUCAUGCUGCUAAUAUCUCUUCCCAUGAUCCUUACUAGCUCCGCAGCCUGAUUCGAUGCCUCUAGGAUUUCUGAUCCGAACGCGACUCGCAGUUUGUAGGGAGCCUGAAAACCAAUCAUUAUAAUUAGACGAAUUUCACUACGUCCACAUAAUGGCUAGUAGUUACUAGUUUCUGGAUUAAUUAUAUUAGUGAUUCAGCACUUUU